AUGAAGUUCUUCACCCUCGCCGCUGCUCUUGCCUCCGUGGCUGUUGCUGCCCCCUCUGCUGCCCCCUCCCCCCUUGAUGUCAAGAUUGAGUCUGCUGGCAACUCUGGCGAGGUCAAGGCCACCAUCACCAACACUGGCAAGGACAACCUCAAGAUCUUCAAGCAUGGCACCAUCUUUGACAAUGCUCACACCGAAAAGGCCUCCAUCGCGGCUAAUGGCAGCAACGUCGAGUUCCAGGGUCUGCGCCUUCGCCUCAGCACUGAGAACCUGACCGACGACGACUUCCAAAAGAUUGACGCCGGCCAGUCCGUCGAGGUCACCUUCCACCUCGCCGAGACGCACGAUCUCUCCGCCGGCGGCAAGUACUCCGUCUCUUCCACCGGCGUCUUGUCGUACGCCGACGAGGCCGACAACAAGCUGAUUGGCUCCGUCCCGUACGCCUCCAACGCCAUCGAGGCCGAGGUCGACGGCGCCGUCGCCCAGGCCGUUCACAGCGCCAUCCAGGCUCGCUACGAGAAGCGCACCCACGUCCAGAGCGACUGCACCGGCGACCGCAAGACGGGCACCAUCAACGCGCUCAAGAACUGCGUGUCCCUGUCCAACGCGGCCGCGCAGGCCGCCAAGUCCGGCUCUGCCAGCAAGGUCGAGGAGUACUUCAAGUCGUCCUCGUCGAACACCCGCAACACCAUUGUCAACGUCUUCACCAAGACGGCGCGGGAGUGCGGCUCGACCAACGGCGGCGCCUCGCGCUACUACUGCACCGACCAGUUUGGCGGCUGCGGCGGCCGCGUCCUCGCCUACACCCAGCCCUCGCGCAGCCUCAUGGUCUACUGCGACCUCUACUGGAACGAUCUGCCCAACCUGACCAGCGGCUGCCACCGCCAGGACCAGUCCACCACCACCCUCCACGAGAUGACCCAUCUCAGCGAGGUCGCCGGCACCCGGGACAACGGCUACGGCUACGACAACAUCCGCAAGCUGUCCACCCAGCAGAGCCUGACCAACGCCGACAGCUACGCCAUGUUUGCCAACGCUAUCUACGCCCGCUGCUAA